UAUGGUUACAGUACUGGUAUGCCGUAGUGAGUAACACAACAGAUUUCAGGUAAUGGACAGACAACCCACAGACUGACUACAUUUAUCUGAUCAAGCGUAUGCGAUCUAACUUGGGAUAUUGAUCACUCCUCGCUGGAGCGAAAUGGACAGGUGUGAUGGCGACACCGUGUGAAGAUAUAGCUGUAUAGAGUACACCAUGUAUACCGCGUUAUAUCGAAGGAAACCAGGACAAUCGUCCGUCGCAAGUAACAUUCUCCUAAACCCCACAAUCAAUGCAAGAGUUGAUCUUGAUCCAAAUACUAAUAGGAAGGAAACUUCUACAAGCGAAACAGGAACUAAGUUGGAUAAUGUCUCUGGGAAGCCUGCCGUGGAAACGACUGAAGAUGCGGUCAAAACUCGACCAACCAUUACCAGAAAGAAAACUGAGUUAAAGUCACGGCGUCAAGACGGCCGACAUGCAGGGAGACCUGGAACGAGUCAUCGACACAGAGAUCACCCAAAGCAUCACGGGAAGAAAUCAGAUACAGAUGAGGUCAUCCGUGGUAAUGUGACAGUGGAAUGUCCGUCUACAGCCAAAAUUGUCCGGAUCUUCACAAGCAGCACAUUCACAGACACAUGGCACGAGAGGAACGCCCUGAUGGAGAGGGCGUACCCCGCACUGAAGGAGGUGUGUCAGCAACAGGGAUACGAGUUCCAGGUGGUGGACAUGAGAUGGGGCAUCAGAGAUGAGGCCACGGACGACCACAUGGGGACAGAACUCUGUCUGAGGGAAAUUGAUCUCUGCAAGAAGUUGUCAACCGGACCUAGUUUUGUAACAUUUCUAAGUCACAAAUAUGGUUACCGUGACUUCCCAAAUAAAGUUGAGGCAACUGAAUUUGACACCCUGAUUGCUGCAGUGGAAGGGGAAAAAGCACUGGUGCUCCUUAAAACCUGGUUCAAGAGAGAUGACAAUGCCGUACCACCGACCUAUUUUCUUCAACCAAUCAGCUCCAUUCUACCAGACUUUCGAGAUGAGAAUGAAGAAAAACAGAAGUCCGCGAAAGCAGCUUGGUACGAUCAGAAUACAAUCAUGCAGAAAGCCCUUGUGAAAGCAGCCAAUGAGAAACUUGAUACAAAGACAGCUCACCGUUACGUCACGUCCGGUAUGCAACACUGA